AUGAGUUACAACUCAACGUUACUCAUAGCUCCCGAAUGGCUCGACAGUGGUGACAAUGCCUGGCAACUGACGGCCGGCUCUUUCGUCGCCCUCCAGAGUGUCCCCGGUUUGGUGGUUCUCUACGCUGGCUGGGUGAAGCACAAAUGGGCCAUCAACUCGGCCUUCAUGGCAUUCUAUGCCUUCGGCAUGGUACUGCUGUGCUGGAUGCUCUGGGGCUACAAGGCCGCAUUUGGUGAACAAUUGCUGCCAUUUGUAGGACAUCCUGGACCCGCUGUUCGAAUGGAUUAUAUGCUGGGCCAGUCGACGCUCCCGACAGCCGGUGUCUCGCAGAACUUUCCUCAAUCGACGAUGAUCUAUUUCCAGUUCGUCUUCGCGGCUAUCACCCUCGUCCUCAUUGCUGGCUCAUUCCUCUGCCGCAUGAAUUUCUUCGCCUGGAUGCUCUUUGUACCUCUCUGGUUGAGCUUCUCCUACACCGUUGGCGCUUUCUCCCUGUGGGGAGGCGGCUUCCUCUUCAAAUACGGUGUCCUUGACUACUCCGGAGGAUACGUCAUUCAUCUUUCUGCGGGAACUGCAGGCUUUGUUGGUGCAUGGUGGAUUGGUCCACGGAUCGACGAGGAUCUAGAGGACAACCAGCCAAACAACAUCUUGAUGAUGCUGGUCGGUGCUGGUAUUUUGUGGAUCGGCUGGAACGGGUUCAACGGAGGUGAUCCAUAUGCUGCCAGCCCUGAUGCUGGUGUAGCUGUUUUGAACACCAACUUGUGCACUGCCGUGAGCUCUCUUGUCUGGGUUGCCAUGGAUCUCAUCUAUUUCCGCAAGCCUUCAGUCAUUGGUGCGAUUCAGGGCAUGAUCACGGGUCUCGUUGCCAUCACACCUGCUGCUGGUUUUGUCGCAGGCUGGGGAGCCAUUGCUCUCGGUUUCGGCUCUGGAAUCAUCCCAUGGGCCAGCAUGAACAUUGCCGGCCGCAGAAUGUCUCUCUUUGCCCACGUCGAUGACACCCUCGAAGUCUUCCAUACACAUUUUGUCGGUGCUCUCGUUGGCGGUAUUGGGACGGGUAUCUUUGCUACCGUUGAAGGCUGCGCCGCUUUCGGUGUCACCAACCCAGGUGGAGCUGUUGACGGAAACGGCAGACAAGUCGGCCUCCAGAUCGUCGGAGCCCUCUUCAUCAUCGGGUGGAACAUCGUCUGGACAUCGCUCAUCAUGUGCUUCAUCAAGUACGUAUGCCGCAUCCCACUACGCAUGACCCAAGAGCAGAUGGAGAUCGGCGAUUACGCCGUGCACGGCGAGGAACCAUACACUUUCGCACACUACAACAUCAAGCACCCAACACCGCCUCUCAUGCGCCGCCGAACCACCAAGAAGGGCGACGAGGAGGGCCAAAAGGGAGGUGUAUUGAUGGGCAAGGACCCUGCGGUGACUGUCGAGAAGGCCCCUUCUUCAGGCGACUCCAUCAAGGAAAUGCCUGAAAAGGGAGUUACCACUGGUGCUCACACGCAGUAA